CUGUCCCAGUCGCCAUCAAACGUUACAGUUUGGACGUCUGUUCCAACCCGCUUAAACCGUUCCGCAAAACAAACAGUGACAACAACACUAUCGAAAUGCGUGCCUUCGUGUGCAUGCUGUUGACGGUCUUGGCCGUGGCAGUGAGUGGACAGUUCGAUACGCAUCAAUGGGGUGAUCGUAGCGGCAUCGUACAUCUGUUCGAAUGGAAGUGGAACGAUAUUGCCAGGGAGUGCGAAACCUUCCUUGCACCGAAAGGUUAUGCCGGUGUGCAAGUCUCGCCACCGACAGAGAACGCGGUUGUGUGGAGCCCGCGCCGCCCAUGGUGGGAACGUUACCAGCCAAUCUCUUACAACCUGAACACCCGUUCCGGCAGCGAGGCAGAGUUUUCGAGCAUGGUUCGCCGCUGCAACGCGGUCGGUGUGCGCAUUUAUGUCGAUCUGGUCAUCAACCACAUGGCUGCUAUCAGCACGAACGGUGGCACUGGCGGAUCAACGGCAAACGCUGGAGGUAUGCAAUUCCCGGCUGUCCCAUACGGACCGAACGACUUCAACCCAGCGUGUUCGAUUACCAACUACAACGAUCCUAUCAUGGUCCGCAACUGCCAGCUAGUAGGACUGCCCGAUUUGAACCAGGGCAACAGCUGGGUGCGUGACAAGAUCGUCGAGCUGAUGAACAAACUGAUCAACUAUGGUGUUGCCGGCUUCCGUGUGGACGCUGUCAAGCACAUGUGGCCCGGAGAUCUUCAGGCAAUUUAUGGACGCAUGAAUAACUUGCCGACCGAUCAAGGAUUCCCAUCGAACGCUCGUCCCUUCAUCACUCAGGAGGUUAUCGAUCUGGGUGGUGAGGCAAUCAGCAAGAACGAAUAUACCCACCUGGGUACGGUGACUGAGUUCCGGUUCUCAGCUGAAAUUGGACGUUCCUUCCGAGGAAACAACCAGCUCCGUUGGCUAUCUAACUGGGGUCCCGAAUGGGGUUUCUUGCCCUCUCAUCUUGCUCUCGUUUUCGUCGACAAUCACGAUAACCAGCGCGGUCAUGGUGCGGGUGGCGCGGAGGUACUCACGCACAAAGUGCCCAAGAACUAUAAGAUGGCAAACGCAUUCAUGUUGGCCCAUCCGUUCGGUAUUCCUCGUAUCAUGAGCUCGUUCUUCUUCAAUGACGGUGACGAGGGACCACCAUCUGACGGUGAUGGCAACCUUAGCUCCCCGAUCAUUAACGCUGACGACUCGUGCGGUGGUGGAUGGGCUUGUGAGCACCGAUGGCGUCAAAUCUACAAUAUGAUUACCUUCCGCAAUACUGUAGCCGGUACUUCGCUGAACGACUGGUGGGACAAUGGUGGCAACCAGAUCGCUUUCUGCCGUGGUGGACGUGGUUUUGUCGCGUUCAAUCUGGAGGGCUAUGAUCUGAAUCAGAGUCUGCAGACCUGCCUACCGGCAGGCACGUACUGCGACGUGAUCUCCGGUAGCAAGUCUGGAAGCAGCUGUACUGGCGCUAGUGUCACUGUUGGUGGAGAUGGUCGGGCCAAUAUCUUUAUUGGCGCCAACGCCGACGAUGGUGUUCUGGCCAUUCACGCUAAUUCCCGACUGUAAGAAUCGAUUGUAACCUAAGUGUAAUGUUUGCACUCCACUAAAGAACUGGAUGGAAUAAAAGUACAAAUUUUAAUAAAAUUUAUGCGCAAAUAAUCUGCAGUUUCUCAA